GCGGAGCGGCCCCGGGGGAUGCAGGCGCAGGGCCGCGGGCUGCGGAGGCGCGGCUCGGGCGCGGGGCAGGGCCGCAGGGAGCCGCGCUCCGGGACCCCCCCGGACAAGAAGGAAAAGGCAUGUGAACAAUCCUUCUCAACGAUUCCAGAGGAGCCAGAGCCUGUUCCAUUCGUUCUGCGAGGAGAUGACAUCCAAGCACUUGCAAUUAAGUUAGAGGACCUGGAAAAACUCCAUGCUCCACACCUUCCCCAUGAUGCCGGGAGAAUUCCAGUUAGGAGGAAAUUCCUCAUUCGAAAAUGUCGACCCAAAGAGACAAAAAAGAAGGCCCAUCUUCUGGUAGCAUAUCCUGUCUUCCCAAGGGCACCCAAGGAACAGCUGAGUUUUUCUGGACCAGGGCAGUUUGGUGAUGGCUGUGAAGAGAUUCUUCCUCACCACAUUUUGGGAAGUCUCCAGGAGUUCAAGAUGGAAGCCUUGGCCAGAGGAAACACUCAGAUAGCAGAUUUUAUUGGAGUUCCUCGUAAAAAUGUUACUGCAGCAGUUUUAAAAGAAGAACAUGGAGGAGAGACAAAGAAAAAGGUCCGUCAGAUCCCACCAUCAGAGCACAGAGCUCUCCAGAACUGGCACCGUAAUAUGGCACUCAGGAAAAAGCAGGAGAGGUAUCUAGGAGAAAUUCUUCAGAAGCCAGAAAAUGAGUUGUUGAUGAGCAUCUCGGAGGAUUACAGACAAAUCCAGGAAGAACGUGACCUCAUUGACCGGAGUCUCCCUGCCCUGUUUCCUGGAAAGGGCUACCGAACAGGAAGCGAGUUCUGGAGCCAGCCCGAGCGCAUCGGAGAUGAACUCACUGGCCUGAUGCUGACCCUGACUCAGAGGGAACGGGGCUACCCAGCGCCAGUCACUCACGUGGGGAAACCCCACACUGUGCGAAUGGAAACGGGUCUGAAACCUCCGAAGAGGAUCCCUUUCCGUCUAACCUGGGAUAAGAGUCUUUUCCUGAAACGCCGACGGCAGGAGCUAAAAUCUGUCCUAGAGGAGCUAGACUUUUACAAGCCGGAUCUGGAUGGACUGGAGGUGAUCGGUAAAGGGCAGCCUUUCACGUCUGUCUCAAUGCAGUCUUUUCCAUGUUCCACCAGUUCUGAAGAGCCUGAGACCCUUGACUCCUUAGGGGAUUAUCAUGAUCUGGUUCCAGAAGCAGUAUGGGGCCCGUCUUUGGAUUUCUGUGGCCAGCCUGCACGUUGGAUCAACUGCAUCACUUCUUGCAGGCAUAUAGUUGGCAUUGCUGCCCGUCUCACUUUUGAGACUGUGGCUGGUGAAAAAGCCGAAAGCUUCCUGACGGUGAGCAAUGAUGGCACAGCUGCCAUCUGGUAUAACUGGAGGAGGCUUCUCCAGCAGAUUCCCUCCAGAGAAACCAAGAGGAUACAGUGUUUUUACUUUGAUGCCAGACCAGGUGUAAUUUUGCCUGGAGAAACUAGAAAGUUUGUCUUUCUUUUCAAGUCAGAGAGAGCUGGCAUUUUCAGCGAGUCCUGGGAAUUUAGGACACAUCCUCUGUUAUUAGGAGGAGCUCUGCUGCAGGUGACCCUUUGGGGAAUUGCUGUGUAUGAGGAUAAAUUGGCUGACCUCAGAGAGAAACUGGAGUCUGACCUGGCUGCUCAAGAGGGUGCUGCUAUAGUAGAAGAGACUCUGAAGGAACUUCUUGUCCGAAUUCGGACCCCAGAGUGCACCCCAUCUCCUGUGGAUGCCUAUGUCACAGAGGAAGAGUUGUUCCACAGGAAGAAUCCCAAGUUGCAUUAUCAGCAUCGAGUGGUUAAGCAGCUGCAGGAACUGUGGAGACAGCACGUGACCGUCCCUUCAGCCUCUGAGGAGAAAGUGCCCUCAGGCCCGAAGAGCAGCGUGGAGGACAUGCAGCUCCAGGAGAGUGUCUCGGAGGCUCUCUCCACUCAGGGGAGUGCUACAGAGAUCCCAGACUGGAAGAACACACUCGACGUGACUCUGAGUCAAGUGAAGGUGGAAGAGGAAGAGCCAGGCCCCUCAGCGUGGAACUUUUCCUUCGAGGACUUUAAGCAGGCUAUAAAGUUGAUCCCGAAGGAGGAGCAGCGAGAAGAAGCACUGACCCAGCUCAAUAAGGCAGCACUAGAGCUGUGUGUCGAACAGAGGCCAACCCAGUCAGACCUUUUGUAUCAAACCUGCCUCCAGCUGUGGCGUGAAACAAUUGAUGGUCUGGUGAGUCACUCUCUGAAGCUGAGAUCCCUGCUUGGCUUGCCUGAGAAGGACACCUGUGUAGAUGUUCUUCCAGAGGAAACAGCAGAAGUAAAACAACCUAUAAAAGGAGGAAAAGAAGACAAAAUAACCAGUAGGAAAGAAGAGAGAAGGUCAGUUGGUGGUAAGGAUAAAGAAGACAAAAAAAGAACAGCUAAGACUGCAGGGAAAGAGAAGGAGGAACAUCCAAACAGCAGAAAGUCAAAAGUAAAAGAUGAGAAAAAGCUGAAAUCUUCCACUUCAUCACAGAAGGUGAAAGAGGUAGCACAACCUGCAGAAGCUGUAGUUACAGAUCCCAUUGAACCUCCUCAGGACCAGGUGGACCCUAUUUUGUUUGGGACAUACCAGGAAAAACUUUACAUUGAAGUCUAUGGGCUGCUGGAUUCAAUGGUGAGCAAAAUGGUUUCUUUAUUUGAAGAGCUACAGAAAAAGGGCCUUCUAAAGUGGGAGAGUGAAGCACUUUGUAACUAGAUGUAGAAUUAAAUAAAUAACCAUUUU